AAGACCGCCAGUUACAAGUUUCGUCUGGGACGUUUCGGUAAGAACAGAUUGACAGCACGAUGGCGUUUAGUUCCUGGUUCGUGGUGGCACUGCUCAUUGGCAGCAGUUUGGCCGGCUGGGAGGAGGAUCUCUACCAGUCGAAGAGGCGCCUGCCGAGCGGGCUGGUGCUACCGAUCGCACCACCAACCAGUGGCCGCAUUGUCGGUGGAUUCGAGGCAAACAUUGCCGACUUCCCGUACCAGCUGUCGCUGCGCCAGAACGGUGCGCACAUUUGCGGCGCGUCGGUCAUCUCGAGCAACUAUGCGCUGUCGGCCGCCCACUGUACCUUCCCGGCUCCUCCGGUAGCGGCGAUUACGCUGCGCGGUGGAAGCACUGACCGAACGGCCGGUGGCGUUGUAUUCCAAACGGCGGAAAUCAUCAACCAUCCGUCGUACUCGGACAGCAGCCUGGACUUUGAUGUGUGCGUCAUCCGCAUUACGACCUCGUUUGUGGGGGCUAACAUUGCGCCGAUCACGCUAGCCCCGGAGGGUACGGACUAUCCGGAAGGUACGCGCACGAUGGUGUCGGGCUGGGGUGCGACCAGUGCCAUCGGGGCGCUGCCGAUCAAUCUGCAGGCGGUCGAGGUACCGCUUAUCUCGCAGGAAAGUUGCCGUGGCGUAUGGGGUGCGGCCAGCGUUACCGAUAACAUGGUCUGUGCCAGCGAGCCGGGACGUGAUGCGUGCGGUGGUGACAGUGGUGGCCCACUGACCAACAACGGGCGCCAGAUCGGUAUCGUGUCCUGGGGAUCGCCGUUGUGUCUGGGCAAUCUGCCGGGCGUGUAUGCGCGCGUUGCCGCGCCAAGCAUCCGUGCCUUCAUCCGGGACAAUGCGAACGUUUAAAGUGUGAUAAGCAUUAGUAAGACCAAAUAAACAUAUUUUUGACAGGUCCAAAGUUUUAACUAAAA